AUCCCCGCCCGCAGCGCACGGGGCCGCGCCGGUUCCCGGAGCCGCCUCCCGCGGCGGCCGGGCAGGGGAAGGGGCAGGGCGGCGGCGGAACGCGCGGCGGGGCGCCUGUCCCUGAAGAGAAGGAAUGAAGCACUAACAGGCAAAGGAAGCAGAGCUGCAAAAAUAUUAUCUCCAGUUGCUGGGUGAAAAACUAUAUAGUACAUUAACUUCCCAAGGGAACUGCUGGAAUAAUGUUCUAAAAUGGACAGAUACAGCAUUGCACAUACAAAAUUAUCAGCUAUUGAAGAGCUGCUGAUCGAUGAGCUCGUAUUGCUAAUUCUACAUUCGUGUUUGAGAAGAGACCUAGGGGAAGUUACUGCAGUUCCAAAAGGUGAUGGAGAAAGGCUAGAAGUUGCAUACUUGUGAGUAAACGCUUUGCUGUAAGGCAGACACAGAAGUGUGGCCUGAUGAACUGCACCUCAGGACUACAGAACUGCCGUUAGAAAAGCAGUGUACAGUGUCUACAGUCUGGCUUAGCUGAGACCCCAAAACACAAUCUUAUAAAUAUUUGGACUCCCAGAUGGUAUGAGUUUCCCUCAUGGAGAAAUAGCAUUUGGAAACUGCUGAAGCUGAUUUACUUCUUAGGUCUUUUCUUGGGGUAUAGAUUGUAACAUCUGAUUUGAUGUAGCAGGUUAUAAGGGAGUUUGCAAUGGCAAUCCUCUGGAAAUUCAUGAGAGUAGCUAUGUAUUCUAAAACAACCUUACCACUGAAAGUGAGAGGAAUUCCGGUCCAUUCAAGGCAUUCUUCUUCUUCCAAGUCUGUACCUUCAGAUUUUGCUGCCAGCACACCCUGCUCAAAUACUGUGGAACUGUUUGGUAAAUCUUAUCCUCAGGAUGACUACAGCAAUGUCACAGAGAAGAUUCUUUCCAAAGUGGGGAAGAACUUGCAUAACAAAAAGCAUCACCCUUUGUGGCUAAUCAAGGAGCAGGUGAAGGACCACUUUUACAAGCAAUAUAUAGGACGACGUGGGACUCCGCUCUUUUCUGUCUACGAUGGUCUUUCUCCAGUGGUUACAGUACAGCAGAAUUUUGAUAGUUUACUUAUACCACAAAACCAUGCCAGCAGAAAGAAAGAGGAUAACUAUUACUUGAAUCGUGAUCACAUGCUAAGAGCACACACAUCAGCACACCAGUGGGACUUGAUACACUCAGGCCUAGAUGCGUUUCUGGCUGUGGGAGAUGUCUACCGCCGUGAUACAAUUGAUAACACCCACUAUCCAGUCUUUCAUCAGAUGGAAGGAGUUCGGCUCUUCUCCUGUCAUGAGUUGUUCUCCAACAUUAAAGAUGGUGAAAGCUUCCAGUUGUUUGAGCAAGGUCAUCGCACUGCACACAAGCAAGAGUGUCACACCAUGGAGGCAGUGAGGCUGGUGGAGUUCAAUCUGAAGCAAGUGCUCACAAAGCUCAUGACUCACAUCUUUGGUGAUGGACUGCAAGUCAGAUGGGUAGACUGUUACUUCCCGUUUACUCACCCUUCCUUUGAGAUGGAGAUCAACUUCCAAGGAGAAUGGCUGGAGGUCCUGGGCUGUGGGGUCAUGGAGCAGCAGCUAGUUAACUCAGCUGGCGCUCAGGAUAAAAUUGGCUGGGCAUUUGGCUUGGGUUUGGAGAGGCUGGCCAUGAUCCUGUACGAUAUUCCUGACAUCCGACUGUUCUGGAGUGAAGAUGAACGCUUCUUGAAGCAGUUUAUUGUGCCUCACAUUUGCCAAAAAAUAAAAUUUCAGCCACUCAGCAGAUACCCACCUUUGAUUAACGACAUCUCCUUUUGGCUGCCUUCUGAGAGAUACUCCAAGAAUGAUUUCUAUGAGUUGGCCCGAACCAUUGGUGGAGACCUCAUAGAAAAGGUUGUCCUACUGGAUGAAUUUACCCAUCCAAAGACAAAGAAGGUCAGCCAUUGCUACCGUAUUGUUUACCGUCACCCGGAGAGGACUUUAACACAGAACGAGGUGCAUCGUAUCCAUCAAGCUAUUGAAGAAUCAGCAGUUCGAGAACUUGGGGUUGAGGGCAGGUUCUAGCAUUGCUAGUCUGAAGCCCUAAUGACAGUUGCUUUCUCUUUUUUUUUUCCCCUUGUUUCUUUUUUUCUUUUUGGGGUGGGGAGUACAAGUAAAGAGGGAUUCUGUGACUGAACCUAGCACAUGGAAAACAAUUGAUAAAUAAGCAAUGGCAAAACUACCAAAUAAUAAACAUUACUACUGAGAAAUC